GGCACUGAAAAGGGCACCCCUGGUUUGAAACUACUGGGUCACCAUGGAAGUCGGGCGGCGGGAAUUGAGGAGCGUCGCCGGGGCAGCUAACUUGACAACAGACCGGUGACGGGACCGACUCGUCGGGACAAAUGUUGGCUUUGUUCCCUGUCCUCUCGGCAGCAGGAAGCGGGAAGGAGCGUUCAGGUGAGCGGAAGGAGGGGUGGGGAAGGUGGGGCUUGGUUUCGAAAACUCCUCCUUGUUUUUUUUUUGCUCACUUGUUGAUGCAAGCUAGCUUCAUUGUGUGUAAUUUGAAUUCUCUGGAUGGGAGUUACGGCCAAAUGUAUCCAAUGGCGCUGACGCUUGACGCCCGGUGACACUCGCGGAUCCCCCGCCGCCCGCAUGGGGAACCAGGUGGAGCGGCUGUCGCAUUUAACUUACGCAGAAGUUCCCACCGCGGAUCCGCACGGCUUGGACCGAGAAGAUGGGCCUCGUAUCGGCGUUUCGUAUAUUUUCUCCGGCGGCGAGGACGCCGACGAGCCCGAGGAAAGCGGCGCCCACGACGGCACCCAGCCAGACCCGGACGCGGAGGAAGAGCAGCCGAAGGCGGGCGAGGAGGUGGAGUGCGCCGUCUACCGGCUGGACGAGUGCCUGUAUGACAAGAGCCGAAAGUCGGCCAGCCUGGAGCUUUACUCCCCGGAGAACCUGCUCAACAAGUGCCGCCCCGGAGACCUGGUAGAGUUCGUCGCCAGCGAGCAGUACCCCCACUGGGCGGUGUACGUGGGCGACUUCCAGGUGGUCCACCUGCACCGAGCCGAGGUGAAGCGUUCCUUCCUGACGGACGCCAGCCGAGGCAGGCGCUGCCGCGUCGUCAACGACCUGUACAAAUUCAAAGCCCGAAGCCCGGACGCGGUGGUGCGGAGCGCCGUGGAGCAGGUGGGCCUCAAGGACCGGCAACUCACCUGGAGGAACUCCGAGAGCUUCGCCGCCUGGUGCCGCUUCGGCCGCCGGGAGUUCAAGAUGGGCGGCGAGCUGCGCAUCGGCAGGCAGCCGUACACGCUGCACGUCCUGCUGGGCGGCAAACACUCGCACGCCUUGGAGUUCCAGAGCCUGGAGGACGUCAUCAUGGAGAAGAGACGCGGCGAGCAGCUGGGAAGAACCGCCCUGCUGCGGGAGCUGGCGUCACACCUGAGCAGCGUGCAUGACACCAGAACCGAGGAUGGAGCCCGCUGAUACCGAAUUUGUGAUGUGAUACCGAUCCAAUGCUGACCUGUGACGUCAUACCAACCACUGACACGUCUAUUGACCCCUGAUAUCAACCUUGGUUUCAUGUGAAUCAGAAUAAUGAUAUAGAAUAAUAAUAUAAAUAUAUAAAUGUAAAUAUAAUAAAAAAAUAUAAUAA